GUUGAGGUCGAAUGAUUCCCACGAAUGACGACCCCGAAUGGGAAGAGUAGAACUGUGUCAUGGAGCCUUCCAGGCUGUGUGACCUGACAGAGCAGAUGGCCAGGCCUGCCUCCCAAGGAACCUGCACCCCUAAAACUUCGAAACUAGUUAACACCGUUGCCAGGAGCAAAUCAAAAAACAUUCUGGUGAAAAUGUUGAGCCAAGCUGGGACAGGGUACACCUUCAACACCAAGCGAAGCCGGCUUCGGGAGAAACUGACCCUUUUGCGUUAUGACCCUGUUGUGCAGAAAAAAGUCCUCUUUGUGGAACAGAAAAAAAUACGCUCCAUCUAAACAAUGGAUUGAAAAUGAAUUUGGUUUAUAAAAAAGAAGACUGGAGGGUGGGACACGGAUUCAGAAAUCCCGCUGAGGGUAAUGAAA